GUUUAUCAAAUUUUGCUUUGUGCCUUCACUUUUUUAAAAAUCUCAAUAUAAUACUUAGAAACGGUUUUAGAGGUGUCUAUUUAGCCUUCCUUUGGUUUUAGAGGUGUCUCAAUUAUGCGCAAAAAAAAAAAAAGAAAAAAAAAAUUCUUAACGGUGAGAUAGUUUGUUAAAUUAAGGAUAUAAUGUAGCACCGAGUCAAUACACAAUAAAUUUAAAAGAUGAGUUGACUUGUUGAACCAAUUAAUGCUCAAUGCACAUGUUGAUUAUACUUUAGUAAAGAUUAUGAAAAGCUAAUGUAUAAAGUAUAUUGAGAUGAAUAGAGUAUGUAAAUAGUAUUUCGGUACAAAGUUUUCAAUCUUUUUAAGUAUCUAUGUUUUAUCAAGUGUUCCAAAUGAAAGAUUUGAACACACAACCUCAAGAUUUAAUAUUACAUGUGUGACCAUUAAGAUAUCUGCUUCAUUUUUCAUUUUUGCAAACAAAAUAUCGUAAUGUAGUGAAUGACAAUAUGAGAAAUAAAAUUUAGUUAAGAGAGAUCGAGUCGGGAAAUAAACGUAUUAUUGCAAAUUUUAUGUAACGAUGGGGGCAUAACCCAAACCCAAUUAGGCAAAUACUAGUGUUGCAUUAAAAAAACAAACACCAACAUAAAAUUAUUCAAAGUAAAUCAAAAGUUCAAAUUAUUUUAAAAAGACAAAAAAAACAAGUUUGUCAUUCAAUAACAAAUUCAUUAAGACCCCAAUUGACCAAUCCUAGAGCUUCAUGUUCACAUUCACCAACUUUUCAUCUGAGCAACAACAUGAAAUCAUCAGAUUGCCAACUUCAAUAACAGAUUCAUUGGGUCAACGUCAAUCUUCUCUCUUUUUUUUGCAACAUCAAUUGCUCAACACUUUCUUCUCAAUUUCUUUGUAAACUUCGCCUAAUUUCCCAAAAUUGAAAAAGAAAACAACAAAAACUAGAAAAAUGUGCUAGUAAGCUCACUCAUCUUUACCCACCAAAUUUCAUAUAUUUAUUGGUGGGUCAUUUCAAUAAUAACCAAUUUUCAUUUUUGCCAUGUUUAUUAUCAACAUGUGCAUUGAGCAUUAAUUGGGUAUUCAAUAAGAAUUAUUAUCACAAGUACAUUAUUAUCACAUUUUAUUAAGAAUUAAGAAAAAGAGAGAAAAUUUAGAGAGAGAGAGAUGGAGAAGGCAAUUAACAGGCAGAAAGUGCUUCUACAACACCUUAUUCCCAUUUCUGCACAACCCCAUGAUUCUACAAUCUCUCCUUUGGUUUGCUCUUCUGGAGAUGGAGGGAUUUAUCCAAUAAAUGCUGCUUUUGGAGAUGAUAUAGUAAUUGUUGCUGCUUGUCGAACUGCAAUCUGUAAAGCAAAACGUGGUGGUUUCAAGGACACACUUGCAGAUGAUCUACUUGCUGCUGUUCUAAAGGGAUUGAUAGAGAAGACAAAAGUAAACCCAGGUGAGGUAGGGGAUAUUGUGGUGGGUACAGUUUUGGCCGCAGGCUCUGAAAGAGCUAUAGAAUGCCGGAUGGCAGCAUUCUAUGCCGGUUUUCCAGACACAGUGCCCAUCAGAACUGUGAACAGGCAAUGUUCCUCUGGUCUUCAAGCAGUUGCUGAUGUUGCUGCCUGCAUAAAGGCAGGAUAUUAUGACAUAGGAAUAGGAGCUGGAGUGGAGUCAAUGACAAUUGAUCGUGUUGAUAGGCCUCGUCAUAUUAACCCAAAAGUAGAAAAAUUUACACAAGCAAGAGAUUGCCUUCUUCCUAUGGGUAUAACCUCAGAGAAUGUUGCACAAAGUUAUGGUGUGACGCGACAAGAACAAGACCAGGCGGCAGUGGAAUCUCAUAGGCGAGCUGCAGCAGCCACAGCAUCUGGAAAAUUCAAAGAAGAGAUUGUACCAGUUUCAACAAAGAUUGUGGAUCCAAAAACUGGAGAAGAAAAACAUGUAACUAUUUCUCUUGAUGAUGGAAUUCGGGCAAGCUCUAACAUGGUAGAUUUGGCAAAGCUGAAGCCUGCUUUUAAAAAGGAUGGCACCUCAACAGCUGGUAAUUCUAGCCAGGUGAGUGAUGGGGCUGGAGCAGUGCUCCUCAUGAAGAGGAGUUUAGCAACGUAAAAAGGGCUUCCAAUUCUUGGUGUAUUUAGGAGCUUUGCUGCUGUUGGUGUGGAUCCUGCUGUCAUGGGGAUUGGUCCAGCUUUUGCCAUUCCUGCUGCUGUGAAAUCUGCCGGGGUAAAGGUUAACGAUAUCAAUCUAUUUGAGAUAAAUGAGGCCUUUGCAUCACAGUACGUUUACUGUUGUAAAAAGCUGAACCUCGAUCCAGCGAAAGUUAAUGUUAAUGGAGGAGCAAUAGCCCUCGGACAUCCUUUGGGAGCUACAGGUGCCCGGUGUGUAGCUACUUUACUUAAUGAGAUGAAACGUCGAGGAAGGGAUUGCCGUUUUGGAGUCAUUUCCAUGUGUAUAGGUAGUGGCAUGGGUGCUGCAGCUGUUUUUGAAAGAGGUGAUCAUGCCGACGAAUUAACUAACACCCGUGUUAAUGGCGAAAUGGUUUAGUACCUAGCAUAAGACCUUUCUCACUCUGCCUUCCUUCAAAAGUUAUGAACAAUCUGCCUAUUUCAGAGUAAUAGAACUCAGCUAAGAUUUAUUUUCUACAUUAUAAUACUCAGAUGAGUAUAUAUUGACCAUACAUUGUUCUAUCUUCUAUGACUUCUAAACA